AUGGAUAUUCCCUCUUCAGAUCAUAUUCCCCAUAGCCAAAGAAGCGAUAGGAACCGAAGAAUGCCGAGGGCUUCUUUUUCCUCUACAGCCACUACUUCUACGGCGGCCACAUUAACUUCUGCGAUGGUCCUGGAGCAAAAUAAUUCUGAACCGUACGCAGGUGCAACAUUCGAAGCUGUACCAAGCUCCAUUGUAUCAUUCCAUCACCCUCAUUCUUUCCAAUCAAGUAACUUCCCAAGCCCUCAUUCGUCGGGGAACCUCGAGCAGAGAGGCCGCCGAUUGACUGAAUCAGAACCCUUAGUAUUAUCUUCGGCUGAACAGUCUCGAAGCUCUUCUAGAAAUCCCUCUCAUUUUCGAUUUUUUACUCAAGAGCAAAUAUCUAAUGCUGAAGGGGCCUCCACAUUAGAAAAUACAGACUAUGACAUGGCCUGGGAUGCCACCCCCGCUUAUGAACAAGAUAGAAUCUAUGGUACGGGCCCCUCCUCCAGACGCUCUUCCAUUCGAAGUUUUUCUAGGGCUUCAUCUCUCUCAAAUGCAAAGUCUUAUGGAUCUUUCAGUAAGAGGGGCCGCUCUAGUUCAAGGGCACCACAAAGAUUAGCAGACAAUUCCGGUACUGAGUUCGUUUACCACUCCGCCACACAUUCAUCAUCCAGCUUAUCAAGAUAUACGACUAGAGAAAGAAUUCCUAUUGAACUGGAAAGUCAAACGGAUGAAAUACUAGAAGACGAAUCUUGCACUCAUUCUUUAGAAUCUUCAAAUAGUAGGCGAUCCUUAAGCGAAAACAACAGAGGAAGCCUUUCUGGUCACGAUGACGUUCAUAACCAGCAUAGUGAAUAUCUAAAACCUGACUAUCAUGAAAAAUUUUAUCCUCAAUAUACACCAAACUUGCAUUACCAGAGGUUUUACAUUGCAGAAGAGGAUUUAGUGAUCGGUAUCGCUGCUUACCAGACCUCUAAGUUCUGGUAUAUUAUUUAUAACCUGUGCUGUCUCUCCACUUUUGGGUUAGUUUACCUUUUAACAAGAUGGCUCCCCUACCUCAAGGUUAAAUUUUAUGGUCUGAAAGUGCCGUUAGCUAAAGCAGAAUGGGUCGUGGUAGAGAAUGAAUUUGGUGAAUUUGUCAUGCAGCCAAUUGAUAGGCAGUGGUAUAAUAGACCAUUAAGCACAGUUUUACCUUUCGAAAACUACCCUAAUCCGUCAUAUGAACCCAAUGAUAUCAAUUUGAGUCAUCACCAUGCCAACGAAAUUAAUCCGAAUGUACCUAUCUUAAUCACAUUUGAAUACAGAUAUAUCAAGUUCAUCUACUCACCGCUCGAUGAUCUUUUUAAGACUAACAAUAAUUGGAUAGAUCCUGACUGGGUGGAUUUAGGUACUGUAUCAAAUGGGUUGACUAAAGGAGUACAAGAAGAUAGAGAACUUGCAUUCGGCAAAAAUCAAAUUAAUCUAAGAAUGAAAACUACUUCAGAAAUUCUAUUCAAUGAAGUGUUGCAUCCGUUCUAUGUAUUUCAAGUGUUUUCUAUAAUUUUGUGGGGCAUCGAUGAAUACUACUAUUACGCUGCAUGCAUUUUUUUGAUUUCUGUGCUGUCUAUUUUCGAUUCAUUGAAUGAACAGAAGAAAGUAUCAAGGAACUUGUCUGAAAUGUCACGCUUCCAUUGUGACGUUCGUGUCUUAAGGGAUAAGUUUUGGACAACGAUAAGCUCAUCAGAGUUAGUUCCAGGCGAUAUAUUUGAAGUAUCCGAUCCAAAUAUAACAGUAUUGCCAUGUGACUCUAUUCUUUUGUCUAGUGAUUGUAUAGUCAAUGAGUCCAUGCUAACUGGUGAAUCUGUACCCGUUUCGAAAUUUCCAGCUACGGAAGAAACAAUGUACCAAUUAUGUGACGACUUCCAGAGCACGCAGAUAUCGAGUUUUGUUUCCAAGUCCUUUUUGUAUAACGGUACAAGUAUGAUUCGAGCAAGGAUUGCCCCGGGGCAAACUGCUGCUUUAGCGAUGGUCGUAAGGACGGGAUUCUCAACAACAAAGGGUUCAUUAGUUCGUUCCAUGGUUUUUCCAAAACCAACUGGUUUUAAAUUCUACAAAGAUUCCUUUAAAUACAUUGGGUUCAUGUCACUGAUCGCCGUUUUUGGUUUCUGCGUUAGUUGCGUUCAGUUUAUUAAACUUGGUUUAGACAAGAGAACAAUGAUAUUAAGAGCUUUAGAUAUUAUAACGAUUGUAGUGCCACCAGCUUUGCCCGCAACCUUAACCAUUGGUACAAAUUUUGCUUUGAGUAGAUUAAAGGAGAAGGGAAUAUUUUGUAUUUCUCCAACAAGGCUUAACAUUAGUGGUAAAAUCGAUGUUAUGUGUUUUGAUAAAACUGGAACUCUUACAGAGGAUGGGUUGGACGUACUUGGAGUACAACUGUCGCAGGCAACAGGGGUCAAAGGCCAGAGAUUCGGAGAGCUAUUAAGAGACAUUCGCCAAGUAUUCCCCAAAUUUUCUUUAAACGAUUGCAGUUCUCCAUUGGAUUUUAAGUCUAGAAACUUUUUCAUGUCAUUAUUAACAUGCCACUCACUGAGAUCAGUUGAUGGGAAUUUACUUGGUGAUCCAUUAGACUUUAAAAUGUUUCAAUUUACUGGUUGGUCAUUUGAAGAGGACUUCCAAAAACAGGCAUUCCAUUCAUUAUACGAGGAAAGACAUGAGGACGAUGUUUUCCCGGAAAAUUCAGAUAUUAUUCCUGCCGUGGUUCACCCUGAUGGUGAUAAUCCGGAAAAUACGUUUACUGAUAAUGAUCCUCAUAAUUUUCUGGGGGUAGUUAGAAGCUUCGAAUUCUUAUCUGAGCUAAGACGCAUGAGCGUAAUAGUUAAAACCAAUAAUGAAGAUGUAUAUUGGUCGUUUACUAAAGGUGCGCCCGAAGUGAUUUCGGAAAUAUGUAAUAAAUCGACCUUACCUGCAGAUUUUGAAGAAGUGUUACGUCGUUACACCCAUAACGGAUAUAGAGUUAUUGCAUGUGCUGGGAAAACCCUUCCAAAAAGAACUUGGUUAUAUUCUCAAAAAGUAUCUAGGGAAGAGGUUGAGUCAAAUUUGGAAUUUUUAGGUUUCAUUAUCUUCCAAAAUAAAUUAAAAAAGGAAACUCCAGAAACUCUAAAAAGUUUACAGGAUGCAAAUAUCAGGACGAUAAUGUGUACAGGUGAUAACAUACUUACUGCCAUUUCCGUAGGUAGGGAAGCUGGUUUGAUACAAUGUUCUCGCGUUUAUAUUCCGUCCAUUAAUGAUACACCUUUGCAUGGCGAAUCUGUCAUAGUGUGGAGGGAUGUCAAUGAGCCUGAUAACAUUUUGGAUACCAAGACUUUGAAGCCUGUGAAGGUGGGCAAUAAUAGCAUUGAAAGUUUUCAUGAGAGUGAUUACACUCUUGCAGUUAGCGGUGAUGUCUUUAGACUCCUGUUCAGAGAUGAAAAUGAGAUACCAGAAGAGUAUUUAAAUGAAAUUUUAUUAAAUUCAUCAAUCUAUGCAAGAAUGUCACCUGAUGAAAAGCAUGAAUUGAUGAUACAGCUGCAAAAGUUGGACUAUACAGUUGGAUUCUGUGGUGAUGGUGCAAAUGAUUGUGGGGCACUAAAAGCGGCAGAUGUGGGCAUUUCUCUUUCGGAGGCUGAAGCUUCGGUUGCCGCUCCGUUCACUUCAAAGAUAUUUAAUAUCAGCUGCGUACUUAAUGUUAUUAGAGAAGGGCGUGCUGCGCUAGUCACAUCCUUUGCAUGCUUUCAGUACAUGAGUUUGUACUCUGCCAUUCAAUUCAUCACUAUUACUAUACUUUACAGUCGUGGUUCUAAUUUGGGGGAUUUCCAAUUUCUGUACAUUGAUUUACUAUUGAUUGUUCCGAUUGCAGUUUGUAUGUCAUGGUCCAAACCUUAUGAAAAGAUAGAUAGAAAGAGGCCUUCUGCUAAUCUAGUUUCACCUAAGAUUCUGGUUCCUCUUUUGAUCAGUGUAUUUUUAGUGUUCUUAUUCCAGUUAAUUCCAUGGUUAAUCGUACAAAAGGUGAGUUGGUACAUCAAACCCAUUGUAGGAGGUGACGACGCCGUGCAAUCUUCAGAUAAUACCGUAUUGUUCUUCGUCUCAAAUUUUCAAUAUAUCCUGACUGCUAUAGUCUUGUCCGUGGGACCACCAUAUAGAGAACCGAUGUCAAAAAAUUUUGAAUUUAUCGUUGAUAUUGUUGCCUCUAUCUGCGUGAGUCUCCUGCUAAUGACUUUGAAUCCAAAAUCGUACCUUGGUAAGAUGUUGCAGCUGACCCCCAUAUCAAACAAUUUCACUGUGUUUAUCAUUGUAUGGGUGAUAAUAAAUUACUAUGCUCAACUGUAUAUACCGCCAUCGAUAAAAGGCUGGUUAAAGAAAAAGAAAAGCAGCAAAAAGUACAAACUACUGAUACAAGAACAAGAUAAAUUAAGAGAUGUUUAA